GGAAAAGACAUAGUCGAAUGGACACUUUUGUAACACAUUUACGAGCACUUCAAGCACUUGCACAGCACUGGCAUCUUGUGGUGGAAUAUAGGCGACACGGCGACCAUCCAUGCUGCAGUGUUUGAUUUCUCCUCCCUGGCUACUGACAGCAUGUGAAGGAGGCUGUGGGGGCUGCCGCUGGACAUGCUGCUGCUGUUUGGCCUCUCUAUCUGGGCACGGCGCUGAGUGCAGGAGACAUAGCCUGCGGAAGAGAAGAUAUUCUGAAGCCGAACCCCUCUUUGCUUUCCCUUUAGCCACACUAACAGCUGACCCCUCAGUCCUCGGAAACUACAGAGCCAGAUGAAGAAAUCACUCGAUUCCUCUGUAUCGCUGGUACCUGCUAAUUAUUUUUCCCUGAACUGCAGCCCGCAGCGGUAAAACCUACUGGCAACGGGACUGUUUACGGCAUCUCAUAGUGGUUCUGUGUGAGAGCUCCCAGCUGCAAGACCUUGUAGAGUUUCCAUAUGUAAAUCACCAUAAUGAGACCAAGUGACCAACGCAGAAACUAUUCCCCCGGACCAGAAACCGCUUUCAGAGACUUGUGUAAAUGCUGGUCUGCCAGGCGGAUGUCUAAGAAACAUCGGCAGAAGAUCCUCAUAAUGCAUCUGGAAAAAGAGACCGCACAAUCUAUAUACUCACCAUGCAAAAAACGAAAAGGAUCCAGUACUAAAGAUAGACACGCUCCAGUAAUCAGGGGCCAACCCACAAGCAGCCAUCAUGGCACCACCUCUCCAAAACCGAAAGCCCAACUGACCAUGCCCUCAACUCCAACUGUACUGAACAGGAGGAACAUUCUGGCGAAGUCUAAAAAUUCAGUAGAACAAGAGCUUGGGAAAAUGCAAGUGCUUCAGAAGGAAAUGCUAGAGAGUCUCAAGAAAAAUGAGCAUUCCAUGAAAGUUGCCAUAUCUGGAGCAGAUAGCCUUUCUGGUUCCAUGAUUCAAGAAGGCUUUGAGCUGGCUACAGCAAAAAGGGCCAAGGAUCGCCAGGAGUUUGAGAAGUGCUUGGCAGAGAAGGAAGCUCGGGAAGCAACGGGAAGAGGAAGAAAGGGAAGAGAUCAAUCAGUUGAGGCAAGAGCUGCCAGUCCAGUCAAACAGAGGAGGAAGGCUUUACAGGACCAACAGCACUCAAGACCAUGAAGCCAAGAAAUUGGGGGUACUAACACUGAGGGCUGAACCGUCCCUCUACUUCGACCCCUCUACUGCCUUGUAAGGACACGGUGGAAGAGCAGAUCCAGAGAACACAACUAACAGCCUCUCCCAGUCCUAGUGGGGGCAGGAAAACACAGGACACACCAGUGAUGGAUAUAAAAUUCACAGAGAGGAGAUGCCUUUAAAUGAAAUCCAAGUGAUGAACCAGUUGGAUCACCCUUAUAUCAUCCAGAUGUUUGAUGAGGUGGAGAUGCCCAAUGAGAUCUUUUUCAUUCUAGAAUAGCGACACGGCGACCAUCCAUGCUGCAGUGUUUGAUUUCUCCUCCCUGGCUACUGACAGCAUGUGAAGGAGGCUGUGGGGGCUGCCGCUGGACAUGCUGCUGCUGUUUGGCCUCUCUAUCUGGGCACGGCGCUGAGUGCAGGAGACAUAGCCUGCGGAAGAGAAGAUAUUCUGAAGCCGAACCCCUCUUUGCUUUCCCUUUAGCCACACUAACAGCCGACCCCUCAGUCCUCGGAAACUACAGAGCCAGAUGAAGAAGUCACUCGAUUCCUCUGUAUCGCUGGUACCUGCUAAUUAUUUUUCCCUGAACUGCAGCCCGCAGCGGUAAAACCUACUGGCAGCAUUAAGGAUUUGGAUUUUCAAGCAUGACUUGGGACACAACAGCCAAGCAUACGACGCAUUAACUCAAAUCCCAGAUCCUCGCAGGCAACGGGACUGUUUACGGCAUCUCAUAGUGGUUCUGUGUGAGAGCUCCCAGCUGCAGGACCUUGUAGAGUUUCCAUAUGUAAAUCACCAUAAUGAGGCUCCUCUCAGUUGGUCUGGUUCCCUUAUUCAGCUAUUGACCAUCUCCGGCAGACUCUGGGUGAGAAUGAAAGUAACUGGCACAAUCAGGCUGUUAAGAUUUCUGCUUUCCUCCCUGUCUCAUGUUGAAGGGGUUGUUCACCUUUAAAUUAACUUUUGGUAUGAUGUAGAGAGUGAUAUUCUGAGACAAUUUGCAAUU